AGGGCAGCACCCAAACCCCUCUCGGCGCACGAAUUAGGGUUUCAAUCGAUUUCUGAAAUCCAUCAUCGAUUCGUCGGUCUAGAGGAACGCCCAUGCUGCAAUUGCGGUAGUCAAUCGAAGCAAUGAGGAAUAACAGGAAAAGGUCUCAUGGCGAAGAUUCAUCCUCGUCAUCGUCGUCCAAGAUGGACCACAGUAAAAAGUAUCACCACUACCACCGGUACCAUAGUUCCACGGCGUCGGACUUUGAAAUCAACAACCAUGUCGCUCCGCGUCUCAAUUCCCACCCCGAAUCAACGAAUAAGCGAUCGCUUUUCGUUUCGUACACUGAUGUACCCUCGCUGCCCCCAAAACUCAAAAUCCUGUGCGAAAUCAUCGCGAAGAACCCGGUGGUAACUGUGGAGAGCAUUCUCGAAGAUUCAGGCAUCCGUGUGUCUGAAGAAGAUGUGAUUGAGGUUCUAAAAUUGUCCUACGGCCACCCAGGCUCCGCCGUGAAGUUUUUCCGGUGGUCCAGUUUCCAGUUGAACAGCAAGCACAGCCUAUACGCUUGGAACCUGGUUGUCGAUUUGCUGGGUAAGAAUUGCUUGUUUGAUGCAAUGUGGGACACUGUUAAAUCCAUGAUAAAAGAGCAUCUGCUCUCUAUAGAUACUUUUGCUUCUAUAUUUGACAAUUAUGUGAUUGCUAAUCGUGUGCAAGAAGCAAUUCUUAGUUUUGAGGUUAUGGAUCAGUAUGGUGUUCGAAAGGACUCCGCAGCAAUGAAUUCAUUGAUCGGCGCAAUUUGUAAGGUGGAAGGUCCUCAAUGUGCAUACGAAUGCUUUAAAUCAUUGAAGGAUAAGAUUAGAGCAGAUGGGGGGACAUAUGCCAUUUUGCUUGAGGGGUUGGAGAGGGAGGGGAAUUUAAGUCGAGCUAGGUUAAUCUUUUCGGAAAUGUUGAACGAAAUUGGAUGGGAUACGUCAAAUUCCCCUGCGUACGAUUCAUUUUUGUGUACCCUCCUUGGUGGCGCUGAAGGAAUACAUGAGGUUUUAAGGCUUCUUGACAUGAUGAGGAGCAGGGGAUGCUAUCCGGGCAUGAAAUUCUUGAAGUUUUCGAUUGAGGAUUGUGUGAAGAAGAGUGACGCAAGAUCUGCUAAAGUGAUUUGGGACGUGAUGGUGGGGACGGGAAUAUGUCAGCCAGAUACGGGACUCUAUAAAUCGAUGAUUUCGAUGUAUUGUAUCGCCAAGGAAUUUGAUUCUGCCGAGAGGUUAUUCGAUGAAAUGGUGUAUAACGGGGCGUUUCCUGAUUCCGAAACUUACAGUUUACUGUUCCACUCUUUGAUCAAAAACCGGCAUCUGAAGGAAGCGACGCCGAUAUUCAAGGAGAUGGUGAAAAAUGAAUUUGUGCCAUUGCAAGAGGACUGCAACGUCGCAGUUAGGGCGUACGUAAAUGCCGGGGAUCCUCACAUGGCGACGAAAGUGUGGAGAUGCAUGCUGCAAAACUACAGCUCUGAUUUGGAUGAAACUGGGAAUCUUCUCGUCGUCAGGCUUCGAGACAUGAAUCGUGUUCCGGAAGCAGUUAAGUGCGCCGAGGACAUGAUCGAGCGAGGUAUCAAGUUAAGUUCCGCGACGCUGUCGAAAUUGAAACAGAGCUUGUCUAAAGUAGGGAAAGCCUUCGCCUACGAACAGCUUUUGCGCAAGUGGAACAACUGCUAACUGAACACUUGUACAAAUCGCGUUGAUAUUCUUGUUUGCGCUGACUUUCCUACAUCUAACCGACUAACUUCUGUAUGUCGAGCUGCUAGGACUGUUGUGCCGUCUAGCCAGCCAUUUGGGCAUGACCGGUGGAUGUUUUCGGGUCGAAUCGAACUUAAAUUGUUGGAAUCCGGCGUUGCAGUUAGUCGAGAGAGGAAUUUUCUUGGAUUAUUGGUAAGAUUGAUUGUUGAGGGCCAUAAUUAGUAGUAUUACAUUUACAACCGUCAAAUUAAUUGUCAUAAAUGUGAUUAGUUGAGACAACGGGAAACGGAACUAAGUUUGACACAAAUAGGAUAUGAUGUAACAAUUCCAAUCUACAUCAACAUCUGCAAAUUGGAUAUAUAUAUAUAUAUAUGGUGCUAAUAAUUUGUUUAUUUGAUGAUGACCAAUUAGUUGGUUAGUAUUUAGGAGUUAUAUAUAUUUUUGAUAAUGUGUAAAUUCGCAACCAUUAUUAUUGGAUAGUCCUUUGGGUAAA